GGAGAGUGGAAGGGUGUGACGGAAUUCUCGUCCAAUCAGACUGUAAGGUUUUAGAAAUUUGUAGUGGUCAGACAGAUAUAAGCGGUAGCACUGGCCAUACUGGGCAGUCUUCCAUCUGACUACACCCACGUCUGAAAGAGAUCAUGGCCCAACAUGUCCAUCCACUUGUAGGGAGUCUCUACAGAACCACUCAGCCGGUACCAGGGGAUACACCAAAGAUUCUGGGCUAUGACUUUAACAAGGGAGUGGACCACCAAGCCCUGCUACAGUCGUACCUCACCACAGGCUUCCAAGCCACUAAUUUUGGCUUGGCUGUCAAGGAGAUCAAGAACAUGAUAAAGAGACGUCAGCAGCCAGUGAAGGCAGCGAAUGGCACCGUCAAAGAGGAUCCAUCAACCUGCCCGUGCCUCAUGAGCUGCACCAUCUUCCUCGGUUACACCUCAAACCUCAUCAGCAGCGGAUUGAGGGAGACUAUCCGCUACCUUGCGGAGCACAGAAUGGUGGAUGUCUUAGUGACCACCGCUGGAGGUAUCGAGGAGGAUCUGAUCAAGUGUUUGGGCCCGGUUUACGUUGGAGAUUUUACUAUGCCUGGAGAGGAUCUGUAUAAAAAAGGCCUCAACAGGACUGGAAACACUCUGAUGCCUGAUGAAAACUACGAAAAAUUAGAUAAAUGGAUAAUGCCGAUCUUGGCGCAGAUGCUGGUGGAGCAGAACACUCAGGGCGUUCGCUGGACUCCAUCUAAGAUGAUCCACCGACUGGGCAGGGAGAUCAACAACCCUGAAUCUGUUUACUACUGGGCCUACAAGAACAACAUCCCAGUGUUCAGCCCUGCCCUGACAGAUGGUGCCAUGGGAGACAUGUUGUACCUCUUCUCAGCUGAGAACCCUAGUUUGAUACUGGAUGUAAUAGAAGAUAUUGCAAGGUUGAACAACCUUGUAGUAGCUGCCAACAGCACUGCAGUGAUCACCCUGGGAGGAGGUGUAGCCAAACAUCACAUCUGCAAUGCCAAUUCCUGGAGGGAUGGAGCUGACUACGCUGUGUAUGUGAACACAGCUCAGGAGUUUGAUGGUUGCGACUCAGGAGCUCGACCUGAUGAAGCCGUGUCCUGGGGCAAGAUCCGCAUGGAUGCUAAACCUGUGAAGGUGUUUGGAGACGCCACCAUCAUCUUCCCCUUGUUAGUGGCAGAAACCUUCGCAGGUUACGCCAAGACGACUGCUGGCAAGGAAACAGCAUAAAACCAAAUCAAAGCCUUCUGAAAUCGUUUCUGUUUUUUGACAGCACUUGAAUCUACAGGAAGAGUGGUGGUUAUUCAAUAUUAUUAAAUAUUAACUAAAACUUUAAUUCAUAGCAGCAAAACCUGAACAAUGUACGUCAAUAAAAAGAGUAAAAUUCAUA